AGGGUUCACAGGGCUUGGAGCAACCUGGGAUAGUGGAAAGUGUCCCUGCCCAUGGGAGAGGUGGAACGAGGUGAGCUUUAAGUCCCCUUCCAACCCAAACCAUUCCAUGAUUCCUGGAUUCUAUGUCUGUGUUUCCUGAAGGCCCAAUGUUUUCUAGGUGAUGCCACUGAGAACUGUGAGAAAAGGCAGUUCCUGCCCCAAAUAAACUCCAGCCUGCCCAGGGAAAGCAGGAUGAUUAUUGUUUUUCCCAGAAAGGAACUAAAUUGAAUUGUAGAUUUACCCAAACAUUUCCAAUCCAAGAGAUUCCCUAUCCCAUAGGCUGGUCUCCAUCUUUCACCCCCAGUUCUUUGCUGUGACCUUUUUCCUGCCAAAUUUCUCCUGUUGAUUUUCUGGUUUUGUUUCUGAGAUGGCCUGGGAACACCUCCCAGACAAAGCAUCCCCUGAGCACUGGGUGAUGUCUCUGGGGUCCCUGUGCACGGAUUCCCUGCAGGCUCUUGAGGGGAAGAGGGUUUUGGCAGAACAUGUCACUGCACAGGAUUGGUGUUGUAUUACACCAGCUCCAAUCAGCGUCCCGAUGGAACUCUGCAGGCUUCUGGAAAUUAAUUUCUUAAGAACUGGGCAGAAAAAUCCUGUAAAUUCCACAGGGUCAGGAAAAAGGGCAUCCUUCAGCUGCAAAAGUGUAAUCAUCUGAGGAUUUUGCUGCAGAAACACAGCUGGGGACUUGAGUUUUAGUUUGACAGGAGCAGGAGAUCAAAUAAAUUCCUAUUUUCUGAGUGGGAAUGCUGGAGCUGAUGAGAGGCUGGGAUGGAUGGGGGCCUGAUCCUCCUAUGGCCCCAGGCAGGGUGUGGGGAAUUCCACGUACCUGGAGUAGUGAAGGGAGGAUGGGAAGAGCUGAUGGAGCAGGGGUUGGACAGCACUGUCCUUUGUUUGUUUAAAAAGCACUGGAGUCAUGAGCAGAGAAUAAGGACCAUAAAUGUGAUGCUCUGUGAUAUAGAGGCUGUUGGAGUGGCACUAAAUCCUGAAGUACUCCCCAGUGAAACUGAAUAGUGAAUGAGAUAUUUUUUUAAAAAGGAAAAAAAGUAAUUUUCCGGUAUCUAAUCUGGAGCAGUGAGGAACAUCCAGAUUAACCAGCCUAUGGAUUGGGAACACAGCUCUGGAGAGAAAAGGAGAGAGAGAUGAUUGAAGAGACCAACAAGGUGGCACAAGCUACAUUUCCUUUAGGAAACCAGGCUAGAAAUUAAACCCUUUCCAAUAAACAAAUAAAGCCAAUAGCAGGAUUGCGCUGUCUUUAUUUUACACCUUUCAUUUUAUGACUGCAUUGUGUCUGCAAUACGCCAGCAGUGAGCAAGGGCUAAAUCUAUUAAGUUCACACAGGGAUGAGAGAGGCAAAUGCAGAAACGGAACACUGAGGUUUACGGAGGUGGGGAAAUAAGGAAACAGUGAUAGUUGUCGGUGGGACGCGGCACUACGGGAUUCUCGGGACACCCGCGCGCUUCCAAAGCUCCCGGCGACGGCAGCGCCCCCUCAGCGCUUCCCGCGCUUUUCCGUCUCCCUCGGGAUUCCGCGCGCUUUCCCCGCCCCUCCGCGCGCCCCGCACCGCGCACGCGUGGCCGCACGAGGCUCCGCCGCUGCCCUCAGGCCCCGGCCCCGCCAUGUCGGAGCGGCUGGCCAAGCCCUCCUGCCUCAUCGUCGCCAGCGCCGCCACCGCGGGUGUUUCAGCCCAGUCGUUCCUUCACUGCUUUACUCUGGCCAGCUCUGCCUUUAACCUGCAAGUGGCAACACCUGGGGGGAAGCCCAUUGACUUUGUGGAUGUGAACGAGGCCAACACGCGCUGGAUCCAGGACUUCCGCAUGAAAUCCUACGCCAGCCCCGCCAAGCUGGAGUCCAUCGAUGGGGCUCGGUACCACGCCCUGCUGAUCCCAAACUGCCCCGGGGCUGUGACUGACCUGGCCAACAGCGGCUACCUGGCCAAGAUCCUGCAGCACUUCAGCACUGAGAGCAAGCCUAUCUGUGCUGUGGGACAGGGAGUGGCCGCUUUGUGUUGUGCCACCAAUGAGGAUAAAUCCUGGGUUUUCCAGGGAUACAGCCUGACAGGGCCCUCUGUAUACGAGCUGGUGAGGCAGCCCAAUUUUGCCAGUUUGUCCAUUAUUGUGGAGGACUUUGUGAAGGAUUCUGGAGCUACAUUCAGUGCCAGCAGCCCAGAUGCUGUCCAUGUGGUGCUGGACAGGCACCUGGUGACAGGACAGAAUGAGAAUUCCACCCUUCCUGCUGUCCAGAACCUCCUGAUUCUUUGCAAUGUCAGCAGGAAAUGAAGGGGAAGGUCUGUUUGCAAAGAGGAUGGAUGAAGAGCCAGCAGGCUGAGGAUUUCCAUGGCUGUGACCUGGAUGAAGACCCCUCUGAACCCCUGUCCUGGACUCUGAAGUGACUGUGGCAGUGCCAGGUUCUGUGUGGAUGGAAUGGAUGGAGGUUGUCAGAAGCAGCUGGGACACUCCCUUAUAUUUUUGCUGCUCCAUUUUUUCACUGCUUCUCUAGACCCUCAGUUUACAGAUGUGGGGAGCCAUCUCCUCAAAACCCCCCAGAAGUUGGUGCUGUGAAUACAAAUUGCUGAAGCUGUGCUGGUGCACAGCGUGCCCUUGUUUUUUCUUCCUGUUCACAUGGCUGGAAUUGUGUUCAGAAAGUUUGCUCAGCUUUUUUUUUAACGUGGUCCUACAAUUGUUUAUUUGUCCUCCUUUGUGCUGCUUAUGUUGUGGGUUUUGUUCUCUUGGGAAUGCUCCUCUCUGGGAGUACACUGCUGCUGUCUCUUGCUGGAAUUUUGUGGACUAGGGCAAUGAAAAUGCAGGUGGUUAAUGUGGGUCCCAUGUGAGGACCCAGCUGUGGGGUGGAGUCUGGACUCCUCCUUCCUUCUGAGCUGCAGGUGUGGCUUGAAGCUGAGCAUGGCAAGGAAUAACCAGACUGAGAUUUUUUUUUUUUUAAUUGUUGCAGGCUCAAACAUACAAAAUUAUUGGAAAGUAGAUAAAUUAACUUUUAGAUAAUUGAUUUUCCUUCCCUCUUGGAAUUGUGGGCAGCAUUUUUUCUCCAGUGCUCUAAAGAAAUUGGGUUAUUUUCUUACAAUAUUACAAUAUUUUGGUUCUAACCAAUCAUCAAGUCAGGAAAUUUUCUCUUUUCUGUGUAAAAUCCUUUUUUUUUAGCCCUGUCUCAAGAAUUCAGUGUGAUUUGAAAAGACAGACUGCUGUGGGUUUUGCUGGGUCUUCUGCUGUUGCAUUCUGGAGCCCAGCUUACAGAACUUUGGCAUUGAUGGAAAUGAAAACCAGAAUUUGAAAUGAAAAUUGUGCUUUGAUAGAUAUUAAAUAAUCAAUCAGCUUUGAUAACUUAAAUCUUCAUUCCUGACAAGCCAUCUUGGGGAUUUGAUGCUGACACCAUCAGGAAAUACUUUCAGUCUGGAAAGCCACAUCUUGUUUGUGAGGUGGGAGACUGUAUUUCCUUAGGGUCUUUGUUUCCAUGGGAUUUUGCCAAAAUUGCUACAUCUUUUCUUCGCUUACCUGUAAAAAUAGAAAUUGGUGUCUA